AUGGCCGCCAUAGACCGCGUGCUCGUCGUGAGCUUGGGCAACCCGGCGCCUUACCGGAACACGCUCCACUCGGCCGGCCACCUGGCGCUGGAGGCGCUGCGACGCGAGCUGCAGCUUCCGCCGUUUGCGUCGCGCCGUAUUGGCCGGCAGGCCGCCCAGGUCUCUCCGGUCUCGGCGGCCAGCCGCUACACGUUGGCGCAGAGCCCGACGCUGAUGAACGUGUCGGGGCCGUGGGUGGCGCGAGCAUGGGAGGAGGUGCUGCGCGGCAGCAGUGACGCGACCGGGGCUGGGCUCAUCGUCUUGCAUGACGACCUCGAAGAGGCGCUCGGCGUGGUCAAGAUCCGGCCGUGGGAGCGCAGCCACCGGGGCCACAACGGGCUCAAGAGUAUCAACGCGAGCCUGCGGCGGUCAGUCCAUCCGGCGGCGCGGUGGGCCAAGCUGUCAGUCGGGAUCGGGCGGCCAGACACGCGCGACCGGUCAUCCGUCUCGGACUACGUCCUCCGGCCGCUCGACGGACACGAAAAGACGGUGCUCGGGAGCCAGGUCGGCGCCGGCGUGCUGGCGGCAGUGCAAGCAAUUGAGGCGAGCUGGGCUGCGCAACAGUAG